AUAACAUAAUAAUCAUAAUCCAUAUAGUAAUAAACAUGGCAUUCGUAGGAGGAACACAACAGUGCAUGGCCUGUAACAAAACUGUGUAUCCCGUUGAUCGUGUAGCUCCUGACAACAAGCAGGUUUAUCAUAGAGCUUGCUUCCGCUGCACUUACUGCAAUAACACCCUCAAGAUUGCCAACUUCAGCUCAAUUGAUGGUGCUCUGUACUGCAAGCCUCAUUUUGAUCAGCUAUUAAAGCAAACUGGAAGCCUGGAAAAGAGUUUCGAAGGCACAUCAAAAGUCGCGAAACCAGAGAAAGUCAUUGACCCUGAUAACAAAGUCGCGAGUAAUUUCCCUGUCACAUCAGAGAAAUGUGUUGUGUGUGGCAAGAUCGUGUAUCCGAUGGAGAAGGUUUCGGUCAACAAACUGGCAUACCACCGCGGAUGCUUCAAAUGUAUACAUGGAGGUUGCACUAUAAGCCUUACCAAUUAUAUGUCGCAUGAUGGGAAACCUUACUGCAAAUACCACCACAACCAACUCAUCAAGGAGAAAGGCAACUUGAGCCAGCUCGAGGCAGGCGAUGAGCAGCCACCUUCUUCUUAACUCCAACCUAAUUUUUUCCAGUUGAUCCGAUCCAACUCCAGCAAACUUCCCUGUCUUCUACUAUUCUUUUAGUAAUAUGGCGUCGAUGUUACAUGCUGGUUUUCCAUUUUUCUUACUUUCUCUCUUUGUAUUAUGUCACUGCAAACUACAUGUUUUCAUUUGGUUGUAGUCUACCUACCUAUAUACAUUUCCAUUGUCAUUUUGUUUCUUAAUUUAUGCAUCUAGUACUAAAUUGUAAAAUGCU